GUGGUCAUUCAUAUUCAUUCCGCGAAAGUUCUGAACGUUGAACGCUCAUUCGAAAUCACUGGAUUCAUCUUCUCCCGAACUGCAGGGUGACAACAGAUCAUAGAAUACAUGGCGCAACAAGGGAGUGAAAAUAUCGCUGAUAGCCAAACAGUCAAUCAGAUUCAGAAGCCUCGAAGACAGUCGCUCGUUUACCCUCUCCGUUGGAUUAGUCCUGAAAUCUCCGAUGAAGAUGUACCCGCUAUUUCAAGCAUCCCAGUAAAGAAUGCACGGCGAAAACGCCAAUCGUCCCCGAAGCCCGAACCAGCAAAGAAGAAGGCUAAACCUACACGAGCCGAGAACCUCGUCGAAGAAGUUCGCAAGCAUGAGCGGUUUUGGCUAGCAGACGGAAAUGUUGUCAUUGAACUUGACGGCAUACACUUCAGGGUGCAUCAAUCAUGGCUUGCCCAGCAUUCAAGACGCAUUGCAGCCUCACUCUCCGACAAGGGAAAAAGUGGUGACAAAUUUGAACAAACGAAACUCAAUCUUCGUGGCAAACUCAAAGCAAUAGAUUUCGAGACGCUGCUGUUGUUUUAUGACAACCCGGGGGACUAUCGCCAUGCUAUCGAGCCUCGCACCCUAAUGUCCCUAAUUCGCGCAGCGACAGGCCUUGGUUUUGACUCAGACCGUGCAUGGCUCGUGAAGGAGUUGGAAGCGCUUUGGCCCUCUAGCCUGGAAGAGCUGACCGCAAACCCAGAGCCGUACCUCGAUGCUCUGGAGGUAGCUGUACUCGCACGGACGUGCAACAUUGAUGGGUUAUUGAAGCCUGCAUUCUACAAUAUGGCAAGGAUGCCUGGGUUCGGUCUUAACAAGAUUAAGGAAUCAGAGCAAAUCGGCCCUGUGGAUAUGUUGCGCCUUAUACGGAUAAGAGAGUAUUCGAGUGACAUAUGGAUACAGGCAGCUGCGCACGAGGAUCCUGCCUUCGUUUGCCGAAACCUCCGCGAUGCGCCAUCAAGUGAUAGUGAAGGAAUGUCGACUCCCAAACAAGCUGACGAGAAGCCUGCACUCGGCUUUAUCGAUAUUAUCGCCUCUGCUAGUGCGGCUAGCACAUGCCUUUCGGUCACUGCAAGACGCGAAGCGUGGGCUCGGCUGGUAUAUGACUCAGGUAUUUUCACUCGAUAUCGCUAUGAUCCACUACGUGGACUAGCAGCGUUGAUAAACAUCGAGUGGACGAAUGAUUGGUGUAAAGAUUGUAAGGAGAAACGGAAGGCGGAUUGGCAUACAAUGCAGAGGAGCAUCUGGGAGAAGGUUGGCGAGUAUUUGAGGGAAGAUUGAUGGGUGGAUAUUGCAUCUUGCUCGCAUAAGUAUUUCCACCGUUAUGUAUCGCUCGAGUUGUGCUAGAAUUGACUGAUUCUACACCGAAAUCAGAAAAGGGGUUUUAGACGAAUGUUCAAGGCGAACUAGGACCAGUACUAGUAAGUAUAGAGCUGAGUUUCAUAUUCUUGUUGUGCGCUUAUUAAUAAGUACGGGAUAUCCCGAUUGCCCCUAUUCAAUAUCAUCUUACCUUACACAUACGUC